AUGGAGCAGGAUGAAGCGUGGGCAGUAGCCUCGGUCGAGCCUACGCCAUUCACUCUGUAUCCGGGGGAAAAAUUGGAGCUUAGCUGUAAAUGUAAAGAGGAGACACAGGAAGUGACCUGGACUAAGGACAAUGUUCCAUUGGUUGAUGGAGAACACACGCACCUGCGGAACGAUCAGCUGGAGAUCGAAACUGUGGAACCAGCCGACUCUGGUCUGUAUGCUUGCUUUGCUCAAGGCCCCAACAGCAACCCCACAGACUACUUCAACAUCAACGUUACAGAGCGUUCACCGCACAGGCCAAUCCUUCAGGCUGGGUUGCCUGCUAACCGUACAGCAGUAGUGGGAAGUGACGUGGAGUUUGAGUGUAAAGUCUUCAGUGAUCCUCAGCCUCAUAUCCAGUGGCUGAAACACAUUGAGGUGAACGGCAGUAGAGAUGGCCCUGAUGGACUGCCUUACGUCCGGAUCUUGAAGCACUCUGGGGUCAACAGUUCGGACACACAGGUCUUGACGCUGUACAACGUAACCGAAGAAGAAAGUGGAGAGUAUAUUUGUAGAGUGUCCAAUUAUAUAGGCCAGGCCAAACAAUCAGCAUGGCUCAACGUCAUUAAACACUCCUUCCAAGUGACUUUCCAGAAGAGGAAAAGAAUAGAGAGCGAUGGAUUAAGACAGUCAGAUGGGAGAAGAUGCCCAAGGCGGAAAUGCGUCAUCGCAGUCUGUUUGAAAAGUUGCAGGCCUCCCUCCGUGUACAAUUAAUACCCCCGCAAAUGAUCCAGAAUGCAGCAGCACGUCUGGUCUUUAAUCAACCAAAGAGAGCGCAUGUUACACCACUCCUUCACUGGCUGCCGGUUGAUGCACGUAUCAAGUUCAAGGCUCUGAUGCUGGCAUACAGAAAAGUCAGUGGGUCUGCUCCAGCAUACCUAAAAUCAUUUCUGCAGAGCUACAUGCCCACUGGAAGCCUGCUUUUGGCUAAGGAACGUCGCCUUGUUGUACCAACACAAAGAGGCAACAAAACACAUUCCCGGACUUUCGGCUUCAUCAUACCACAUUGGUGGAAUGACCUUCCCAACUCCAUCCGUGAAGCUGACUCACUUUCUGUCUUCAAAAAACUGCUAAAAACAUAUUUUCCAUGAGCACUUAACCAGUCAAUAAAAUAAAAACAAUAAAGAAAUACAAAUUGUUACAAUUUAAUCUGUUUUGAAUACUAUUCUGAUGCUAGUUAAACUGUGUAAUAUGGCACUUUUCGUACCACUGUCUCCUUAAGAUGAUUUGCUUAUUUUUCCUCUUUAGUAAGUCGCUUUGGAUAAAAGUAUCUGCCAAAUGAAUAAAUGUAAAUGUAGUUAAUGAGCUAAUGUUACACCAUUCUUGAUAUUAUUAUUUUUGUUACAACAUUAUUUCUUUGUGUGCAAUCCAUUUAAAUUUGUAAAAUGGAAGUUCACUUAAUCCUUUUGUGUUGGGGCAGCUUAAAUGACUUUCAUUGGCUAUUACCAGAUGCCAGUUUCCCAGCAUGCAUUGCAAUAUGAUUAAACUCGUAUUUUAUUAGUAGGUUCCCUCUAAACAAAUGAUUUGUGUUGUGAUUAUAUAGUAAUUUUAAGUUUUUAACCACUGUCCACAAUUGAAUUAAUGUAAGUCAAAGAGUUUUCUUUGUGCAGAUAUACUGACUAUAUAUGGAUUUGUGUUUGAUGCGUCAUUACAUUAUUAAUUAAGGGCUACUUGAGGCAGAUUGAUAGGCAGGUAGAUGCUAAGUUUUCAUGCCCCUUUAAAAUAUGUGAAAGCAAACAGCCAAGCAACCAUGCAGUUUCUUCCACCCACAAUUUCUCAUCUGUGGUCACUUUUAUAGAUUAGAUGUCAAGCUUAGUCAAUAGGUUUUACAUCGAUUUUGGAGUGAAACAUUACGUUGAUUCAAAAGCUAAAUGUAUUUUUUAAACUAUGAAGAAGCGGCACUUUAGUACAUACAGACCUUCGGUUAGCCACAGUGACAUACUUUAUCCCUGGGUUACUAAAAAAUAUUAAAAUAUAAAGACACCUCAAAGGGAAUCAUUUGGAUCUAUUUAGGUUGUGUGAUAUUUAUUUGGAGAAGUAAUGAAAGUUCCCUAAAAAUCCACUUCCUCUACAUUCAGUCUCAGCGUUCUUGCCACUCUCAGAAAGAAGUGUUUUGUUUUGGAGUGUUGGUUUAGUUUCAGAUGGUUUUAUAUCCACAUUUUUGGGUGUUUGGAAGACAUCGUAGAAGAUAAUUUUUCAUAUCCACUCAGAGCAGGAUAUUUGCAGAUCCAAAACUAGACAUUCUCCAACGCCAAACCAUGCAAACAGACACGGCUCUCUGAAUCCCAUCUGAAUAUAUGACAUGGAAAGAGUACAUUUGAAUGCCAUUUGAUGUUUGUCACUUUGCCAGGUGGGGUGAGCUCUUGGUGCUACAUAAAAUAUGCAGAUUCUGGGUCACAAAAUGCAGAUGUCACUGCAACCAUGUUUUAUUUUUUACAUUUUAUUUCACACACACACACACAAAACUAUAUUUUACAUGCUCUGAAGAAAAUGUGAGUGCAGCUUGCCGAGCCAAAACUCACUGCCCAAGUCAAAAGAGCCAACUCCCAAGUCUACGAUAUUCCUUCCCUAGAUAUGGAUCACGUCCCUUGUUC